AUGCUAACUCUCAUAACCGGCGCCAACGGCUUCAUAGCAACGCACUGCAUCGCCACACUCCUCCGCGCCGGCCACUCCAUCCGAGGCACCGUGCGCAGCGCCGAAAAAGCCACAGCGACGCUUUCCGCUCUCAACGCCGCAGGAGUUCCCCACCUUGAGACAUCCCUGGACCUCGUGGUCGUUCCCGACCCCACAGACCUAGCGCAGUUUCUCCCCGCAGCGGCGGGCUGCGACGCAAUCCUGCAUCUCGCGUCGGCGUUCACCUAUGAUGCGGAGCCGGGGCAGUUCGAGGAGCGAUUGCUCCGUCCGGCGAUACAGGGGACGAGGGUUGCGUGUGAGGCUGCAAAGCAGUGUGGGAGUGUGAAGAAGUUGGUGAUCAUGUCGUCGUUUGCGGCGGUGUAUGAUGCGGCGUUGGGUUUGCAGCCUGGGAAGGUUUAUACGGAGGAGGAUUGGAGUCCGCUGGGGUAUGCGGAGGGGAGAGAUACUGAUAAUGUGGCUGUGGCGUACCGCGCGUCCAAGGUCCUAGCGGAACGGACUGCAUGGACAUACAUCAAGGAGAAUGAUGUGGACUUCCAGCUUGUCACACUUUGUCCUGGGAUGGUCUUCGGGAAGAUGAUCCAUCCGAUUUCAUCGCUUAAGUAUCUGAAUGCCAGUAAUGGGAUUGUGUGGGAGGUAGCGAAGGGCGGGAAUGAAAUCCCGCCGACAAAGGCACCUGUCUGGGUCGAUGUGCAGGAUCUAGCAGAGACAUGUCUGCGCGCGUUGACGGUCGAUUUACCCUCCCAUCAGCGGUUUCUGGUCACGGAGGGCCCGUACGAUACGCAGGAGAUUGCGGAUGUGGUGAGAGAGGAUAUUCCUGCUGCUUCGAAGCGGGUUGCGGUUGGGAGUCCGGGGGCGAGAAUAAGGGAUAUGCAUUAUUCGUGCGAUUCAGGAAAGGUGAAGAGGAUGCUGGGGCUGCGGUUUCGGGAUUUGAGGGAGUCGAUUGUGCCUUUGGUGGAGCAGUUGUAUGCUAUGGAGGAAGGAGAGAGGAAAGAUGGUCUGUCUGCUGCGGUACUCUAG